CAGAAAAACAUCGAUGUUUUUUUACAUCACUAGCUCGAAUGAUUAACAAUUAAACGCGACGCAACGCGUAUUAGCAAUCAAAUCAACAAGUGAAGUGAUCAACAUUCAACAUGUCUGGCGAUGGGAAGAAAAGUUUUACGCGGGCCGAGGUUGCUAAGCACAACACCAACAAGGAUACCUGGCUGCUCAUCCACAACAGUGUGUACGAUGUCACGGCGUUUUUGAACGAGCAUCCCGGCGGCGAGGAAGUGCUAAUCGAGCAAGCUGGCAAAGAUGCCACAGAGAAUUUUGAGGAUGUGGGACACAGCAACGAUGCCCGUGAAAUGAUGACAAAGUACAAAAUCGGAGAGCUGGUGGAGAGCGAACGUACCAACGUAGCGCAGAAGUCUGAGCCCACCUGGAGCACGGACACGCAGAACGAGGAGAGCUCGAUGAAGACGUGGCUGCUGCCCCUGGUCCUCUGCCUGGUGGCCACCCUCUUCUACAAGUACUUCUUCGGCAGUGCCAAGCAGCAGUAGAAGACAUUAGGAGCCAGAAGAGACUACGCCUGCUUCAGCGGAACGGCCGUGCGUUCCUCCCACUUACCACUUAGUUAGGUAUACACGCAGUCUACAAAUCACACUCGGUCUGGACCCGGACGCUUGUAGAGGAUUAGUUAAUGGAAUGGGAUCCGAUGAUUGCAUGGACAGGAGCAGAAGCAGGGCGUAGUGAUUUUUUAUAGUACAUUUCUGCUAAGUUUUAAAGAUAAUUCUGCUGGAUGUUUUUUAGCAUUUGACCUUCUUUUGUACUCUUACUCUUUGUAAUUCCUUCAGGCGGUGGGCUUGGCUUGAGCUCUGUUAUUAAUGAUAUUCUAACUUUGCGACACAAAACGAAAACCAAAUAAAAAAAUAAAACAUCUAA